AUGCGAGGAAAAGUGGAAAAUCGAAUGCUUGAUGCAAUUGUAAAACGGCUAGUUAGCUAUGUUUCGGUCAGCACUCGCCAAGUAUUAUAGUAAAACGUAUCAAAAUCGAAGGAUUUCAAUUUACAGCUUGUUUUUCCCUCCUGUGCGUGAGGUAUAAGGCGGCCCUAGGAGGGAUAGUGAUACGGUUGAUUUUUCGCUAGCUAAUUUGGCUAGCCAUGCUAUUGCUAGCUGGUUAGCUUUGUUUACAUCAAGUGCGCGCCUGCGAUCUGUUAGCUAAUUGCUAACCAAACAAACUUGCGAUCUUAGCAGCAGCUCAGCGUUCAGUUAGACAUCGGCACGGAGACAGUGUUGGAUAGUAAACUGGCUCUAUGGCUAACAUCGACCAUCUCUCGUGUAAAACGUUUGGCUGAUGUCGUAAGCUAACGUUAGCUCCAUAAUGCUAACCAUGGGUCGUUUGAUCAUUUGGUUCUUCGUUAGCUGUUAAGCAACGUUAGGGAUAAUGUGAGUUACUAUAACAUAGGGUCGAACUGGUCCGAAUUAACAGAAACUUUAAUUGUGAUCUGACAGAUCUCGAUGGUGAAUAGUAGCGACUACCGGUGAUGCUAACUUUAGCUAGCCACCUGCCGAGCUAACGUUGUGCGCGUUUAUUGAUAACCGCUUCACCAUGCUCGUUGUCUAUUAUUGUGUCUAUUAUUAAUUCGUAUGUCUGCAUUGACACACUGGAGUGACUGAUUGUUGCACCAGCAGGCCAGUUUAUAUUUCCUCCAUCCACCCUGAGACUCGGCUAUCUUUAGCUCCGUCGUAGCGAGUGGCUGGAUUUUUUUCCCGGGCCGUGUUUCCCUGAGGCUGCGGAGUAAACCGCUAUGAACCCCGUUAAUGCAACCGCUCUGUACGUGUCUGCGAGCCGGGCCGUGCUGCAGUGUGACCCGCGGCAGCCACAGACCUUCGCAGAGAUGUACACGCUACUGCCCUUCUUUCGACAGUCCCUAGCAUGCCUUGUCUGUGGUAAACUGCUCCAGGAUCCCAUUUCCCCAACACAUCCAGAGUGUCAGCAUUACGUCUGCUUGGGCUGUAAAGGCCAGAAGAUGCAGAUCAGGCCAUCGUGCAGCCGCUGUAAGGACUAUUCCAGCUUCCAGGAGAACAAACAGCUCUCCCUGCUUGUUCAGUGCUACAGGAAGCUUUGCCUCUAUGUAACUCAUUCACCGUUGCUGCAGUUGGUCAGCAGUCAUGCGGGAGGAUCUCCAGAGGUUAUGGCCUUGCUAGAGGAGGUGCUGAUGUCACACGAAGAGGACAUAGAGACAGAGGACCAGAGCCUAGCACAGGAAGAUGUGACUCCUUCUGCCCCUGACUCACUUACCCCCACAGAGGCACCACCUGUUCCUGCAGAGCUCUCAGCUGUACCCCAGAGUUCCUCCUCUGACCCUCCCUGUUCCAAUGGGCCGCAGGGAUGCAAUGGAGAAGUGCUGGAGGAGCUGGACCCCUCUUCUCCUGAGCUGGAAGUAUGUGAGUUGGUAGAAGAACAGCCACAGACACCCCUGUCUGUUUCCAAUACUGGUUGUAGUGGUCUGGAACUGAGUCUGACCACUGGACCUUUAGCCCCAACUCCAGGCACUGUGUGCUCACUCAGGGAUGGGGAAUCUAGCAGCAGGGAGCUGGAGGAGGGGGAGGUGUUGCUCCUCAGUGUGGAGGAGGUGUUACAGACUUUGGAUCCCCUUCAGCCCAGUCGAGAUUCUCCUCACACACAGCCAGACAGGACACACCCUCACACACACAUAGCCACGGACAGAGCACACGCUCAAAUGUACAUACAGCUGGAUGCAGCUCAUAACUACACACAGAUUCAAACGGACAGGACUAACACAAUAGCAAGCCAUGGUGCUCAUAUACAUACAUCCUCCUUUGAUCCCCCUCCAACCUCCAAACCCCCGCCAGUCCGCCUUAACCGUAAACGGUCUCGUUCAGAGAGUGAUAGGGAAAAGGUGAAACCCCUCCCUAUCACCUCCAUCCUACAGGGCUCAUCUUCAAAUUUACACACUCCAAAGCCCUCUCAUACACUGCACACACAACCACCCACACCCUCCAUAACUGUACCAGCACACACAUACUCAUCCCUUCCCAAUGGGGCACCUCCCAAGCCCAGCCGCCCUGCACCCAACCACAGUAAAGCUGCCAGGAAGCAUGUUGAUCCGGGCCCUAAGAAGCCGCAUGCCAAGGCCCGCAGUGGCGGAGGCUCCAAAACUAAGGAUCGAAGCAAAGACCAGCGGUUGAUGGCCGGCUGCCUGGUGCCCCCAGCACCUGUCAGGCCUCCGUACAAGAAGCCAGUGGAGAAGAAGGGCUGUAAGUGUGGCAGGGCCACCCAGAAUCCCUCUGUGCUGACCUGUAGGGGGCAACGCUGUCCCUGUUACUCAAACCGCAAGGCGUGCUUGGAUUGUAUCUGUCGAGGUUGCCAGAACUCCUACAUGGCCAACGGUGAGAAGAAGCUCGAGGCCUUUGCUGUGCCAGAGAAAGCCUUGGAACAGACACGGCUCACGCUCGGCAUCAACCUCACCAGCAUCACGGCGGCCGCGGCGCUCCGCAACCCGGCAACCACCAGCAUCCGUGCAAACACCCUCCUCAACGUCGCCACAGCAACAGGAACCCCUGUAGCUACAGCCUUCCUGGCCCCAAGCCCCCCACAAGAGCCCAACUAUGAGGACAGCCUGGAGCUGCUGAUUGGAUGAGAGGCUGGGACUCCAAAAACAGACAGCUCGGUGCUGAUUGAAUGUGACGGCUGAUCAUUGUGUCUGUCAGACAACCUGUACCUUCCCCUCUCAACAGGGGAGGCAAUCUAAGGCAGCUAUGGGUCUGUCCUGUCCUGUAACCUGCUCUUCUCGUUUAUUGGAAAAUGCUGAGUAGUAAGACUAGCAUGGGUGUGCCAAAGCCUCCUGUAUUGUGCCUGUGUGCCGGUGUGUAUUGUUGCCUGUCUGUAGUUAAACACUUAUACUCGGUUCCACAGCUGUUCUGUACUUCAGAGGUGCUUUUUGUUCAUAGACCACAGACAUACUGUAAGAGGCAAUAGGAACUCAUACCAGGUUUUGUUAGUAUGUGCGCACAAUUAUAAAUCCAAGUGUGUGUGUGUAAGUGUGAUUUUCUUUUUUCUUUUUUUUUUUUUCUUUUUUGGUGCAUAAUGACAAAAAAAACUGCAUCAUCACAUCUCUUUUACUUGUCACAGCAUUUUCCAUGUUUAAGUAUUGCUCCAUGCUUGAAUGCAUCAUUGGUAUCAGGACGACCCUUACUAACCCAUAACCGUAUAUGUGUUCACACCUUAAUUGUGAAUGACUUUUUGUGACUAAUCUAUGGAGAACUUCUAACACAAGACUGUAUUGCCUUUUUCUAUCUCAUUAACUCACUCAAUCCAAGUACUGUUGGCUGUUAAUGAAUUUGUCUUAAUGAACUUGACUGAUGCAGGCAUUGUACAGGCAGCGAGAUAAUGUCAAAGCACUUGGCUGGCUCCACGAUUUCCCUGUACGUGUGUAAGUGUGUGUGUGUGUGUGUGUGAGUGUAUGUGCCUGCUGAGAUUUACUGUAGUGUCAGUGGGGAGGCGGAUGGUGGGUUGUAAGCACUUAGUCUGAUUGAUUGGCCAAAUUACAACAAAAACCAUUUUUGGUUACCAUAGCAAUAGGAGCACCAACAAGGAGCCUCCCAGCUCUCAUGUACACAUGCUGUUGUUUACAGUAUUGUUACUUGUAAACUAUGACUGUCUUCUAAAAUAUUACACCAUCAUGUUUUGAUUAUGGGAUUGUACAUGACUGUGUGUGUGUGUGUGUGUUUAGAUAAACUGAAGCCAUAGGUUGUCAUUAACAAGACAAAAUAUCCUCUGUGUCCAUUUUUUUCCCCACAGUUGUAGUGUCCUGAUUGAUUAGAGACCAACUCAAGAGACUAUUUUUGAUACCAAGUGUUUGAGAUUUGGUACCACUGUCUUUGUGUGUGUGUGUGUGUGUGUGUGUGUGUGUGUGUGUGUGUGUGUGUUGUGUGUGUGUGUGUGUGCGCGCGCGCGCACGGGCGUGUGUGUGUGUGUGUGUGUGCGCACGGGCGUGUGUGUGUGUGUUUUGGUUAAAGCACCUUGAAGCCCUUCAUAUAACCCAAGAGGCUGUGUAUUGUCUGUGUUUGUGUUUACUGUCUCAGCUGUAACUACAACAUGUUUUUCAGUCCAGUCAUGGUGACCAAAAAGAGACUGAAGGAAAGAGAGAGUGAGGACUCAGGCUGACCAAACAAACACCUUAGUUCCCCACUCAUAGGCCAGGAAGUAGCAGGUGGAUUACAGUAUGAUCAGCAAAUAUGAUCUAUCUUCCUGCGUAUGUGUGUGUGUGUGUGUAUGUUUCAAAAUGUAUUUCUUUUGGGCAUUACUUGAACCCUGAUUAGUUUUUGGUAUUGUUUUUUUUUUAUGUAAAAACUCUUGUUUGAGGAGUGACUCUUAUUAUUGCUGAAACAUUCACUGCCAUAAUAUGGAAACAUGUAAUACAACAUGAAUUAAAUGAUAGUUUUUUACUUUUUCA